AUGUCUGUCAUUCUGGUUACAGGGUCAUACGACCACGAAAUUCGUUUCUGGGAAGCUUGGAGUGGAAUAUGCUCUCGAACCAUUGCUCGAACUGGGGAAUCCGGUCAAGUAAACCGCCUCGCGAUAUCCCCAGACAAGCGACUUCUCGCGGCCGCGAUACAUAAGAAGGUCACCGUUUAUGAAAUAUCCAACGCGACCAACGAGCCUCUCGUAACUUUUGAUGGACACACCAAGAAUGUGACGUCCAUUCAAUUUCACAGCGAGGGAAAGUGGCUGGUGACCGGAAGCGAAGACGGUACUGUCAAAAUAUGGGAUCUUCGAAAUCCACAUUUACAUAGAACAUACGAUAAUACCGCUCCUGUCAAUGAUGUUUGCGUUCAUCCGAACCAAGGUGAAUUGAUAUCGUGCGACCAGGCGGGAAGCAUCAAACAAUGGGAUUUGUCCGAGAAUAUAUGCUCUCAUGAACUUACUCCAGCAGGUGAUAUACCUAUGCGAUCGGUGACUCUGGCUUCCGAUGGUUCGUGUUUAAUCGCCGGUAACAAUAAAGGUCAAUGCUACGUGUGGAAGUUAAAUGACGAGGCUUCUGGCCUCCCACGCUUUCAAGCAGUGACAACCUUCCAUGCUCACAACAAAUAUCUAACGCGUUGUCUUCUCAGUCCCGAUACGAAAUGCCUAGCGACCUGUUCCGCCGAUACCACUGUGAAAAUAUGGUCUAUCUCUCACAACCUUGAGUUCAGGCAGGAGAAGAUCCUCACUGGACAUCAGCGGUGGGUCUGGGAUUGUGCUUUCAGCGCAGAUUCGGCCUAUCUUGUCACAGCUUCCUCCGACCACUCCGCGAGGCUUUGGGAGAUGGCAUCAGGAGAGACCGUAAGGCAGUACAACGGCCACCACAAGGCGGCUGUUUGUUGCGCGCUUCACGAUGGCGCCGGCUAA